AUGGCUGCAAAGCGGAGAUCAAGCAGUCCCUCGGGCCAGGCGAAGCGUCGCCGAACCCACAAGAAGGUAAGCAUGCCAAACCCAGCCCGAACCUAUUCGCCGCACCACCACUGACUAACACCAACAUCAAGAAGCGCACAAACUUCUUCUCCCUGCCCGCCGAGGUCCGCAACCAGAUUUACGCCUACGCCCUCGUCGCCCGCAAAGAAAUCGCCGUCACGCCCCAUCUCCACGAGCCGGAUCUCCUCAGCACCUCGCGACAGAUCCGCUUCGAAGCGCGCAAAUUCUACUACCGCAACAACACCUUCCGCGUCCCCGUGCGCAACUGCGACGCGGCCCUUCUCGUCAAGUUCAACAAGUUUCUCAUCCAAUUCGGAGACGGCGAGGGUUCCGUGCGCCUGUUGAUGAAAUUGACGGGGCGCAAGAACUGGGCCAACGUGCUUGCCUGGUGCGAGCAGAUCCACACGCAGCGCUUGAAUACUUGGUACUGGUGUCGUCCGAAGACUCCGAUGGAGACGGUCAUUGAGGCAGCGCACAAGAUUGUGCGCAAUGGCGGCCUGAGUUGGGAACGCUGCAAGGAGGGCUUGGAUGCUCUGGGCGAUACGAUCGGAAAGUAUGAUGCGGCCUGGAUGCGUAAGGAUUGA